AACGGCUUUAAAUGUAUUGUUCUUGGGCUGUGUACUGCAAUCUGUUAGCUUGCCAUAAAUCCUGCUGUAGCAGAGGGGAUAGGCAGCUUUAGUUUGUGAACAAACAUCUCUGUGGAAAAAAUCAAACUCAUUAAUUCCCUAUCUUAAACUUCCAUUUAUCUAGGGACGUCCAGCAGGGUGCGAAAGCUGUGGGGAGCGGCCAAUGAUUGGCCAUCACCCCCCCUUACCUUGGCCAAUAACUAAGCUGCAAGGGUGAGGGAGGAGGUGAGCCAAUGUGAAGUGUAGGUUCACCUGCAUUCGAUGAGGAGGACUAUAAGAAGAAGAAAACUUACUGAAAUUGGAGAGGAGGGGGAAUAGACUCUAUAGGUAGCCAUUAAGGGACAGUUAAUAGUGCUGCCGGAUCAAAGGUAGAAGAAGAAGAAGAAUAAAAGAACAGGAAGGUGAACUUGGAAGGCGAAACACACCAAGAGAGAAGUUUUAGAGAAAGAUCCAAGAGCUGGCGCGAAGGAGAGAAAGCAUAGGGGAAUAUAGAAAAAGAAAUCGAAGAAGGCAAAGUGAACAAAGGAAAUGAUGAUUGCGAAAAAAGUGAGAUGGAGUGAAAGAAAAUAGAAUGAGAGACUAAGACAGAGGGAAGUAGAAAAAGAGGGAGUUGGGGAGAGAGACACAGAAGGAGCAAGGCAAGUGAGAAAUGAGACUUUGAGAGAGACAGUGACGGAGUGAGAGAUAGUGAGGAACAGAGAGUGGGGCAGGGAGAGAAGACAAGGUGAGAGGAAGCCAAAGGAGAAUAAAGGGAAGAAGAAGGUGGCGAGAAGAGCUAGGAGCCCAGGGAAAGUGGGGAUAUGCUGUAUUACAGGUAGACCAGAGAAGGCAGACAAAGAGAGGUAAGGACAAACAAGGGAGAAUGUUAGUACGGUUUGAUAGGCAAGCCUGGAAACUAGUACUUAUUUCCUGAAAGUCCCAUCAGUCUCUCUGGAAUUCGAUUAAACCUACUUUACUAGCUUCGACCAGAACUCGGGAGAGAGUCACAGACUAAAUAUAGGUUCCAGAGCCUUUUCAUGGGUUUUACCCAACCUGAAGAGUUUCCCAGCUUUACUGCUGGUGCAAUCUCCCAAGAACAGGUAAUCUAAAGAUCUGCAACUAUGGAGACACACCAUCCUGGAACCUUUAUGCUGCCUGCCUACACUGACAUUAAAACACCCGGCUGCCAGUUCCCUGCCCACACCACCUUCCACAAGUUCAGCAGUUCUGUACUGGGGUGCCAUUUCCCUUCAGGUACACCGCAUGGCAUCUCAGACAUACUUGGCAGACCCCUGCCUGGUCCACAUGGUGGGGUUCUUCCAGCGUACCAGGCUGUCCCAGGUUAUGGACGAGCUUCAACUACAGGGAGCUGUUUUGGGGAGCAAGCGGGUAUUAUAGCUAAAGGCGGAAACCCAUACAGCACACAAGGCCAGACUGGUUGGACAGAUAUCGGUCAGGAUUGGAGAGCAGGAAACAGGACACUCAGUAAUGCCCCAACAGGAAAUACAGAUAUGUCCUCAAGGAAGAAACACACUCGCCCCACUUUCACGGGCCAUCAAAUCUUUGCCCUAGAGAAAACCUUUGAACAGACAAAGUAUCUUGCAGGUCCAGAAAGAGCACGACUGGCCUUCAGCCUAGGCAUGAGCGAAUCUCAAGUCAAGGUCUGGUUCCAGAAUCGGCGCACUAAGUGGCGUAAGAAGAGCAGCAUAGACCCCACUAGCCAACCAUGCCUUGGCUCCCGAGCUCCUGGAGAACUGACACCUUCAGAGAAUGAAGAUGAUGAAUACAGCAAACCACUAGAUCCUGAUUCAGAUGACGAGAAAAUCCGUUUGUUACUGCGGAAACAUCGAGCAGCCUUCUCUGUGCUUAGCUUGACCCCUCACAACUUGUAAUAAAGACUAACCAGAAUCAUGCGUCAUCAGAGGGAAACCUCAGAAAUAUCAUCACCAAUCAUUACUGAUAAGGACAACCGGCCAUUACUGGACACAAUCAAAGACUACAUCACCUGUGAUGGGCAUCAUGUGACUGGAAUGGAAAGGUCCAGAGGAGAAUAUACAAUGCUAUAAUAACUACAACCUCAAAAUACCUUUCCCCCUGUAUGUGUCAGUCUUAUAGUCUUAUUUAUUCUGUUAUGAAUUAAUCUAAGCAGGGCACUGAAACCCUGUCUCUUUGAAACUAGGCCAAGUGAAACUGAAGUUAGAUAAGUGAAGUAAUACCGCUGCCAAUAUUUUGAGAGGUUUAUUGAGUUUUACAACAGUUACACGCACGAUCGGGAUUUCCAACGGGAAAAGCCUGUCGGAAAUUCCGACGGGAAAAUUGAGAACAUGCUCUCAAUCUAUUUCUGUC